AUGGACAACUUUGCCAGCGAGACCGACAGCGACUACACCAGCUAUUGGCGGGAUUGGUUCAUUUCAUCACGCGGCAAUGAGUACUACUGCGAGAUCGAUGAGGAUUACCUCACCGACCGCUUCAACUUGACUGGUCUUAACACGGAGGUCCAAUACUACCAAUAUGCGCUCGAUCUCGUGACUGAUGUCUUCGAUAUGGAAGUCGACGACGACAUGCGUGAGCAAAUCGAAAAGAGCGCUAGACACCUCUACGGUCUUGUGCAUGCGCGCUACAUUGUGACGACUAGAGGUCUCGCAAAGAUGCUCGACAAGUACAAACAAGGCGUCUUUGGAAAAUGCCCCCGUGUCAUCUGCGACCAACAACACCUCCUCCCCAUGGGCCUCCACGACACCCCCGGCACCUCGACCGUAAAACUCUACUGCGCAAAAUGCGAAGACAUUUACACGCCCAAAUCCUCCCGUCACAAUUCCAUCGACGGCGCCUAUUUCGGCACUUCCUUCCACAACAUCUUGUUUCAAGUUUAUCCGGCCAUGCUUCCUCCCAAGACUCAACGUCGUUAUGAGCCUAGGAUUUAUGGAUUUAGGGUUCAUGCUGCUGCUGCGUUGAUGAGGUGGCAGGAGGAGAACAGGGAGGAGAUGAAGGAGAGGGUUAGAAGGGGUGGGUUGGAGACGGGGUUCGAGGAUGAGGAUGAGGAGGCUGAGGGGGAGGAUAGUGAGGAGGGGGAGGAGAGUAAGGAUGGGAUUGACGAUAUGUUCGAGGCUCCUGCUGCUGCUGCUCCUGUGCAGUAG